AAGGGUUAAACUCUGAAAACGACAAUAAUUUGAUUCUCCAAAAGACAUAAAUUUUGAAGAGGACUAUUAGAUUUUGAGAUGAGCGAUUAUCCUCCUCCUCCGAUUAGAAAAGAAUGAGUCUCCCAUGUCGCCUGCCAAUGGAGCCCAUUGGAAAAGACGUGGAGAAGCAGAGUCUUUUGGAGCGAGAGAGAACCUAGUCAAUCCUCCUGAGUCAAUUCUUCAGUUUUUGAAAUCCAACCCCUCCAUUUCUCUCUCUCUCUCCCCCCCUCCCUCCCCCACUUCACCAAAUCUCUUAAAUUUUAAAAACCUUCCUUCAUUCUCCAGAUUUUGAUCUCCCAGCACAGCAUUCCUGUUCAUUUUUCUAUUGCUUGUUUCUUCUCCCCCUGGUUUACUUCAAUCCAACUAUCUCAGAUUUUUCUGCUGUUUCUCUGGGAUCCUUCCGUGAACUCCUCUGUUUUUUUUUUUUUUUGCUUCUUCGUUUUCGGGAAUUUGUUUCCGACAACUAUAAUUUGAUUGCUUCUCUUGGUUCUGUUUCAAUUUUCUUGAGCGAACCCAAUCAUGGGGAUUUGUUCGGACAGGGUGAAAUUCAAUGUCGGAGGCAGAGUAUUUGAAACGACAGCGACAACCCUUGCCAACGCCGGCCGAAAUUCCAUGUUCGGGGCAAUGUUCGAUGAGAGCUGGAACUUCAUCCGCGAUAGUCACUGCGCCGAGUACUUCAUUGAUCGCAAUCCCGAUUGCUUCGCCGUCCUGCUCGAUCUCCUCCGCACCGGCGAACUCUACAUCCCACCCAACAUCUCAGAGAAGCUUUUCUAUCGUGAAGCCCUGUACUACGGACUCCUCGACCACGUUCGCUCUGCGAAAUGGGGUCAAUUCGACGGCAACAGAUUGAUCCUCUCCGGCUCCGUCACCGGCCGAGCUCCCGGAGACGGGACCGCUAUCCGCGCCGGCCCCGACGGCGGAUGCUGCGUCGCUCACGGAAGCAUGGUUCAUGUCUACGAUUGGAUGCUAGAAGAACAUCCUCCGCUUAAUCUCGAUUACCAGGGAGUAAACGACAUCGGAUGGGUGGAUUCCGAGAAUAUCCUCGUCGGCGUCAGCGAGCGGCUCGGCCGCGGCGACGGCGGAAUGGGACUCUUCAGCUCGUCGACGGGAGACCUCCGAUAUAAAUUCCAAGUCAGCCAUGAGAAUCAAACCAAGAGCUUUACCGCUGGGGCUUUGAGCUUCAGUUCAGAUUACAAGAUAUUUUGUAGCUGUAGAGGAAGAAGCAAUGAAUAUGGUGUUGGUGUGUGGGAUCAGGUAACUGGAAAGCAAAUAGACUUCUUCUAUGAGCCUCUGGGUUGGUCUCUUGGUGAUGCAGAUAAGCUUCAAUGGCUAGAAGGAAGCAAUUGCUUGCUAGUGGCUACUCUGUUUCCCAGAAAGGAUAACUGUUACAUUAGUCUUUUGGAUUUCAGAGAGAAGAAGAUGGUUUGGUAUUGGUCAGACAUGGGAGCUUCAUUAAGUAUGGACGAGAAGAGGGUUCGAGAUGCCAUAGCAAUGGAGGACAAAAACUCCAUUUGCGUGGUGAAUGAGUUUGAGGAUCUCGGUUUUAUGGAUAUAAGAAGCUCUUCUGCUUCAAAUAUCAGAUGGAGUUCAAGGAGUCGCUUGAUGAAAGGGAAAAUGCCAGAAGAACCUUGUUAUCCCAAGCUUGCAUUACAUGAAGGCCAGCUUUUCUCUUCCAUGAAUGAUUGUAUUUCAGUAUUUUGUGGCCCUGAGUGGGUUUUAACGUCCAGGCUAAGACGAAGCUACGGAGGUUCUAUCUGUGACUUCUCAAUUGCAGGGGAUAGGCUUUUUGCUCUUCACAGUGAGGAGAAUGUGUUUGAUAUUUGGCAGACUCCAUCUCCACCAGUUAUCUGAUUUUUUGAUAGCUUAUAGGUGUUCUUUGAUUUGAGAUAUGAUCAGCUAUUAAAUAUAGAUACCUCUCUUGAUAGGGAUUUGAACUUAGCUCAUCAUGUUAUGAGAGAUUAACCAUUUUCACUAAACCUAAUCUCCAUUAGUACCUGUUAUCUGAUUUUUUUUUUUUUUAUUGUUAUUUUUUCCUUAGAGUUUUUGACUAAGUAAUGUGAGUGAUUAUCUAUACCAUACCAUCUUACUAGAACUUGUUAGGUUCAGCUCUCAUGGAUUUGUUCACAGCUACACUAAAAGAUUAUACAUUGUACUGAUGAUUUACUCACUCACGUCUAGCUACUCAUUUCAAAAGUUCAGAGUUAUUAUUAUGGUCCUUCAA